AUGUCCAGCGUCAACCUCUACAUUGCGGCCGCCGUUGCAGCCUCUACCGGUUCACUGUUUGGCUACUCGGUCGGCUUCGUGGGAGGACUGCUGGUAUUGCCUUCGUUCCUUGGCCAUUUCCACCUUGAUGUCCUUCCAGCGGCCGAACUCGCACGUGCUCAAUCACUUGUUGUCUCGUCGUGGAUUGUUGGUGCCUUCUUCGGCGUACCAACCGGCAUCCCUAUUUGCUCUCGUUAUGGCCGGAAGGCAUGUUUCAUCUUCAGUGCUGCUCUGUAUGUCCUUGGGACUGCAUUGCAGGUGAUCAACGCUGGAUCAGCCCUGUGGCUGUUUGAGGUUGGGAGAUUUCUAAACGGCUACGGGGUUGGCGCUGGCACGCUGGUUUCGCCCAUUUAUAUUUCGGAGAUCGCGACACCGUCCAACAGAGGCAUACUGAUGUCCAGCUUCCAAGUCGUGAUCCAAGGCAGCGCUGUGAUCGGCUUCUGGGGAGCAUAUGCUGCGAACGCUGCGAUUACAGACACUUCGGAUCUACAAUGGCAGAUACCGGUUGCCAUUCAACUUUUUCCAGGUAUCAUUCUCCUUCUGGGAACAUUUUAUAUCAAAGAAACACCGCAAUACCUGGCUACCCUGAAUAAUCUCGAGUUGGUGGAGGAUUCAUUGUGCUGGUUUCGAGGAUUGCCCCCGACAGACGUGGCUAUGAAGCGAGAAGCCUUCGAAAUCUCCCUCACCGUGCUCUCUGGACUACGUCGACAAGCGAUCCAUAAAACACACUUUCUCCGCGAAGCGCUCAGUGCCCCAAUUCGCAAGCGCUUGGUCGUCGGAGUUGGUCUGUUCGUCGUACAGAACAUGUCAGGCAUGGUCGCGCUAAACUAUUACGUGGCAGUCAUAUUUCUAAAAGCAGGAUUCAAGAGUGUGUCGGCGUCUCUGUUUCUGACUGGGAUAUUCGGGUUUGUCAAACUCGUUGCCGCCCUUCUCUUCAUGUUCCUCUGUGUGCGCAUCUACGGCAACCGCUUCUGGCUCCUGUGGGGAACCGGCGUCUGCGCCGUAUCGAUGUUUGUGCUGGGGUACUGUACAGCAACCAUGUCUGAUCCAUCGGAUGGCGGUAGCAUCCCGUCUGUCGUUCGCGCCACGUUUUGCAUUCUGAGUGUAUACGUGUACGCAGUCGCAUUCGGGGUGUCGAGCGGGCCUAUUCCCUGGAACGUGUGCAGCGAGAUCUUCCCUUCGUACAUCAACGCGCAGUGCUGCGCAGUCACGACAUGCACGCAGUGGUUGUUUCAGGUCGUUGUGGCGGCCGUCACGCCUCUCCUCCUCGCCUCCAUUGGCCCAAUGACCUUCGUCUUCUACGGCCUCUGCAACGUCCUAGGAAUGGCAUUCUACUACUUUUGCGUGCCGGAGACGAGAGGAGUUCCGUUGGGGAAAGAAAUGAGUCGCGUCUUUGGUCACGAGGACGUCAAAUACGGGGUUUACGAUGGAGUGGUGGAGGAAGUGGAGGAUGCUGACGACGACGAGACCCCUUUGCUUGGUUCGGAGAGAAAGAGGAGGCGAAGCUCGAUUGCCAUUGUGGUAUAG